UUAGUCAGCCGUCGUUUUGUUUCUAGUGUGGUUUUGUUUGUUUUGUUGGCCUUGGUCACUCCCGACGUGAUUGCACCAGUUUAUUGACUUUAAACACCAAAAACUUGUAAAUACACUAGAUCUUUGCUGUCAACUUUGUCUGGUUAUUCAUCCCAUUACUCAUUUCUACUGUUGCACUACUCAAAAUCCCAUGUUACGGCCUCCCAGCCUAGACAGGGCCGUAACAUAAUUGGGGGCUUGUCCUUUUGUUUUGGUGGGGUUUUUUUUGUGUAUUUUUUUUUUUUUUCUGUGCUGGUUGGUGGUUUUCUCUUGUGGGUGGGGUGACUGUGUGUCGUGUGCAGUUUAGGUUUUUCCAUAGUGUGUUGGAAACAUUUUUGUUAGGAUGGCAAGUUUUGAUUUGUCUGGCUUUACUCUUUGUCCUACCCUGAAGCAGUUUGACCUGUGUAGAAAGGCAGACCUGUUGAUACUAGCAGAUUUCUUUGAUGACGUGGUGACCCAUUCAGUUACAAAACGAGAGAUCAAGGAAGUCUUAGAGGCCUGUUUGGUACAAGAGGGCAUUUUGCCAGAACUGGGUGGUCCUGUUGGUGUUGCGGUGAACCUGACACAGGGCAUGUAAUGGUGGAAACCAGAGACGACUCUCUGGUCCGCUCAUGCAGAGAGCCUCAGGUCAUCCAGUUUCCUGGUGGUGACCCGAUGCUGGCUUUGAAACUAAAGGAAGUGGAGCUGGAAAUGAGACAGGAACGUGAGACAGAGUUACUGAGGGUGUGGAACUUACAGCUUGAGGUUAAAAAGGCAAAUAAGGAGGGAGCGAUCUGGAGGCAUAGCCUGGGUCUGGAGGGUCCUAUUCCUCGUCCCUGGAAGUUCUCCUCCCCUAUGCCAGAUGGCUUGGCUAACGGCAGUACCUGAUCCUGAGAUGCCAGAUCUCAUGUGACAAAAGGAGCUGGCUGUGGCUCAGAGAGCAGACAGCACCCUUUUACAAUGCUUCACCUUUGCAGAUGAACAAAGAGAAAAAGCUACAGGAUAUACCAGUGAGUAUUACCUUGAAAAUGACGUGUUAAUGCGAAAAUGGUCUUCGAUUGACCCUAGUGAAGAGUGGAACACAGUGACGCAAAUGGUGGUACCAGACAAAUACCGUGCCUAUAUUUUGUUUGUAGCAUAUGAUCACCCCUAGUCAGGUCAUCUGGGUGUGCGAAAGACCACACAGUGGAUUUGGAGACAUUUUUUUUGCCCAUCAAUCCGAAAAGACAAGGUGAAUUACUGUCAGUCUUGUAAUACAUGCCAACUGGUUGGGAAACCAAACCAGGUUAUUCCACCUGCACCAUUUGGUUUCAAUUCCUGUGGAGGGUGAACCCUUUGAACGGGUUCUCAUAGAUUGUGUAGGUCCCCUGUGAAAGACACGGGCAGGACAUCGUUACUUGUUGACUUUAAUGUGCACCACCACUAGGUACCCAGAAGCGAUCCCCCUUCAUUCACUUAAAUCUAAAGCUGUGAUUAAAGCAUUGAUUAAGUUCUGUACUACCUUUGGCCUACCUAAAUGUAUCUAAUCUGACAGAGGGACUAAUUGCACCUCAAACCCAUUCACUCAAGUAACACGUGAUUUUAAAUAUCCAACACCACUUCUCCAGUGCAUAUCACCCUGAGUCUCAGGGUACAUUGGAAAGGUUCCAUCAGACUUUCAAAAAUAUGCUGAGGUUGUACUGUGCUGAGUAUGAUAGAGUGGGAUGAAGGUGUUCCUCUGCUCCUUUUUGCUAUCCGUGACAGUUCAAGAGUCUUUGGGGUUCAGCCCUAAUGCAUUACUUUUUGGACGCACAGUGCAUGGUCCAUUGAAGGAUUUAUAUGACCAAUGGUUGUCAUCCAGUCCCUGAGAUAGUGUGCACCUUUGUGAUUUCUCUGGCAAAUUACAUAAUAGAUUGCACUUUGUUCAACAACUAGCCAAACGCAACCUUAAUGAUUCUCAGGCAACUAUGAAACUAAUUUAUAACCAAAAAGCUGUUGGUCAUUCAUUUGAGGUUGGUGACAAGGUAUUAGCCCUUUUGCCUAUGUCGGGAUCUUUCUUACGUGCACGCUUUGCAGGUCCCUAUGUGAUGGAGAAAAGAUUGUCCCCUACCACUUAUGUUUUGGCUACCCCUGAUCGUAGACGAAAGACACGUAUGUGCCAUAUCAAUUUGCUAAAGCCCUAUGUGGAUCGAGAUGUGGUUUCUUCAUCAUCAUCAAUCCUUCGUAUCCUGGCAAUGGUUAUGGUUGCUGCUGAGUAUUCCCCUGAACAAGGUUACACGUGGCUCGCAACUGUCUACCGUGUGCACUUCUACCCAAUUCAGAAGCCCUACAAUGUCUCCCAGAGAAGCUGUCAGACUUGUCACCCUCAGCUAGGGAUGAUCUCUUUGCUCUCACUGAGAGAUACCCAUCCCUAUUUUCUGAUACCCCUGUGUACUCCUGUUGGUCAGCAUGAUAUAGAUGUAGGCUCACACCCUCCGAUUAAACAACAUCCCUAUCAGGUAAACAUGCUUUCAGGAAACAGCAUAUCUGCUUGAUAAUGGUUUAGCCAUCCAUAGUAAUAGCCCUUGGUGUUCCCCAUCUUCUGGUUCCGAAACCUAAAGGAACUUUUCACUUUUGCACACAUUUUCGUAAAGUGAAUGAUAUUACAGUAGAGGAUUCAUUCCCCAUGCCUUGUAUGGAAGACUGUGUUGACAGAAUAGGAUCUUCUAAUUUCAUGAGUAAGGUCGACCUCCUAAAGGGUUAUUGGCAGGGGUCACUUACACCUCGCGCCUCAGACAUUUCAGCGUUUGCCACCCCUGAUAAAUUCCUGCAGCCCUUUGGUUUCAAAAAUGCACCUUUAACCUUUCAGCAACUUAUGAAUAUUGUUAGGUGAUGUCCUGAAUUGUGAAGCCUACCUGGAUGAUGUAGUUGUUUAUACGCAAAUGUGCAGUCAACACCUGCAAAAAUUAGAAAUGGUUUUUGGAAAGUUGCAGGACGCGUCGCUUGUUUUGAAUCUAGACAAAUGCGAUUUUGGUAAGGGUGAGGUAGCAUAGUUGGGCAAACUGGUUGGCCAUGGGAUGGUUCGUCCUUUGGAUGCCAAAGUCCAGGCCAUUCUGUCCUUUCCCAGAGUUUUUACACCAGGACUCAUUGAUAUAAAUGCAUACUCCUCCGCCGCGUGUUUUUCCGGAAAGUGCAUUGUCUCUAUCGGCACGGAUUGAGACUAAUCCAUCCAGAUGAAUGGCGGCAUCUGGAAUACUGUCGCAGAGCCACGUUUCGGUAAAGACUAAAACACAGCAGUCUCUGAACUCUCGCAUUGUAGUCUGCUGGAGUUUGAUGUAGUCCAGUUCAUUAUCCAAGGAGCAGACAUUUGAAAGGAAUAGAGACGGUAGAGCUGGUCUGCUAGGAUUAGCUUUUAUCCUAGCACGGACCCCAGCUCGCUUCCCCCGCUUCUGCUUCCUUGCACAACGCUUGCGGUGUCUCCCCCUUCGGCAUUCAGACUUAGGCGACGCCGUGGUCUGCAGGCCUGGUACGCAUAGCAAACCGAGCUCACAGAGCGUCUGAAGCACGCCGUCGUCCAGGAUUUUAAACCGCUAAAAUGAUUAGCCAGAAUACCAAAAAUAUCCUGGUGGUGCCUUUUGGAUUUUUAUCCUUAUUCACUGCAUAUGGAGGGCUGCAGAGUCUACAGAGCAGUCUAAAUGCAGAGGAAGGAAUGGGAGUCAUAUCACUGAGUGUCGUCUAUGGAAGCAUUAUUCUAUCCUCCAUGUUCCUGCCUCCCAUUAUGAUAAAAAAUCUGGGCUGCAAAUGGACUAUCUUUAUCUCAAUGGCUUGUUACAUAUCUUAUUCCUUUGGAAACCUCUUCCCUGGGUGGGCAGCCUUGAUUACUACAUCUGUUCUUCUGGGUUUGGGAGGUUCACCACUUUGGUCUGCCAAAUGCAGCUACCUCACCAUCAGCGGAAACAUACAGGCAGAGAAAGACAAGAAAGGCCAGGAUAUCAUCAACCAGUACUUUGGCAUCUUCUUUCUCAUCUUCCAGUCCUCUGCCGUGUGGGGAAAUCUUAUGUCUUCUCUCAUAUUUCAACAGGACUCUAAUAUAGGUGAUAUUUCUGAGGAGACACUGCAGUACUGUGGAGCAGCACUCUGCAAUGAGAACUUCACAACCGUGGGAAACUUCACCCGGCCUGAGCAGCACCUAGUCAACAUACUGCUGGGGUGCUACAUUGGUGUGGGGGUCCUGGCGAUGGUGCUCAUUGGAGUUUUUCUGGACAACAUUGAUGGAAUUAUGGCCCGCGACUUUCGAAGAAACAGAGGCAAUCAUUCCUUCUGCAGUACCUUUCUGGCCACUUUCAGGCUCUUGCAAGGUAAGAGGUUGAUAAUGCUCAUUCCAUUGACCAUGUACAGUGGAUUUGAGCAAAGCUUCCUUUCUGGUGAAUACACUAAGAAUUAUGUGAUCUGUGCAAUGGGAAUCCAUUAUGUUGGUUUUGUGAUGAUCUGCUUUGGUGCUGUAAACGCGCUGAGCUCCUAUGCCUUUGGGAGGCUGUCUCAGUACACAGGAAGAAUUGCCCUCUUUUGCUUUGCUGCCUUGAUAAAUCUGAGCUGUGCAAUCGCCUUGCUGUUCUGGAAGCCCCAUCCAGACCAACUGCCUGUCUUCUUCGUGUUUCCUGCUCUUUGGGGCAUGGCAGAUGCUGUGUGGCAGACACAAACUAACGCACUGUAUGGCAUUCUCUUUCCCAAGCACAAGGAGGCAGCAUUCGCUAACUAUCGCAUGUGGGAAUCUUUGGGCUUCGUGAUAGCGUUUGCAUACAGCACAUUCAUCUCUCUAUCCACAAAAAUAUACAUUCUUAUAUCAGUUCUAGCACUGACCAUGUUAACUUACAUUUGGGUUGAGUACAAUGAGUACAAGAAUCCUACUGUAUCUGCAAUACAAAUAUGUGACGAUUUAGAAGAGAAACACGUCAAAGGCACCCCUGCAAAUGUGAAAAUUAUUUGCCAGACACUUAUGUAAAUAUAGACAUGUUUUUAACGACACUUGUAUAAUCUGUAUAAAUAGUCAAACCUACAUGUCAACAUAUUCGUUCCUGGAGACCUGCUGAGUUAAAUUUCAGUGUAAUCCCUGCAGGCUGCUAGAUCUGGAGGAACAGGUUUGGGCAAAAAAAAAA